AUGGACUCUCCGACACGUCCAAUCCUGAGCCCUACGAAGGCACUCAACCCCGUAUCACCGGAACGAAUGAAUCAACAAACCACUAUCCCCGCUUCACCCUCCCUCCCUUCCGACCUUCUAUCUCUACAUCAUAAAAGCACAAGAGGCGUAUCAGAAGUUCAAGCCAAAGUGGCUUUCUUGAACAGUCUCGCUCGUGGUGCCAGCCCUGGACAAGGACAGUCGGUAACAAAUAAUGCCGCGCUGCAGAGGGCGAUCCUAGGACGCGAAGAAGCAGAGUCCGUUCUUACAUCGGUUCAAGAGGAACUUUCAGAGGCACAGACACGAGAGCGUCGGAUCAGUGAACGUCUUGAAUCAUUACUGGAAGAGUUACACGGUGCCAAAGAGCGUCAAGCACACGAACGAUCAAUUUUUGAAAAAGAAAUCCGAAAGGCCCGAAAAGAGGCGUUUCGUGCCGGCUCGACAUUAGUCAAACUCCAAGAGGAGUUGAAACACGCCAAAUCCGAAACCAAGGCUUUGAAAGAUGAGGUAUCUGCUGAGCGGGAGGCUAAGAACAAGGCGAAACAAGAAGCAUUCGAACGUGCAUAUGCCCUUGCUGGCCUGACUGAAGAGCUUGAAGUACUGAAGGGUCAACUACGAUCUAUGGAAACCACGAACCACUCGAAUACCUUGGACGCACGCGCACAUGAGAUCAGAAAGGAGGACUUCGGAAGAUUAUCGCUGGUCGAAGGUGACCUUGCCUUUUUGACAACACCCCGCCGCCCGAAGCGAGCCGCCGCCGACUCGAUCAGAUCGCCAGCUCAGGAGAGGGACGGAGAGAGCUUUGUGGAGGCCACACUUCCGAAACGACCUCGAUUAUCUGGUGCUACAUCUCCCGUCGAGGAUUUAUCCACGACCACCGACUCUGUGCCGGCCAUGGAUACUCGAUCCUUUGACGAUCUUCAGGAUGAACUUCACUUCGAACGCCGCCGACGAGCCGAAGCUGAGGAAAUGGUCCACUUCAUGAAUAUUGAGUGUCAGUUCGAGCGAUGCUCCUGUCGUAUUGCCGAACAUGAAGGACGCCGUUAUAUCUACGAUGCCGAUUAUUUUGAGAAAUUUCAAAAGCCUCAAGUGGAAGCAGAGGAGCACGCAAAGGCAAAGGCUCUAGCAGAGAAACAGGCGAAGGCGGCCGCGGAAUUGCAAGCACAGGAAGAGUCGGCAGCGAGAAUUGCUCGCUUGGAAGCAGAGGCAACGAGAAGAGCCACGGAGAUGAAAGCGCAAGCACAGGAAGAGGCGACGAGAAUUUUUCGAUUGGAAGCAGAGGCAAAGGCACAAGUUACAAGGCUCAAGGCAGAGGCAGAGGCCGAAGUGGCACGCAUGCAAGCAGAAGCCAAGGCCAGUGUUGCACGGAUCCAAGCAGAUGCAGAGGAAAGGGCAGCACAAAUACAGGCUGAGGCCGAAGAAAGAGCUUCACAGAUGCAGGAAGAGGCAGCCCAGCAAGAGUACAAUUCUCAUUCCGCCUCCUAUUCCAGCCAUACCCCUUCUGUUGAGCCUCCCGUGUCUCUUUCAUACGAAAACAGCGUCCAGUCUGCUGAAGACGUGAAGCCUGAGCCUACAGAGCCUCCUGAGAAGAUGCCCAUGCCGGAAGAACCCUUAGUCACAUUUUCACCUGAGACCGGUACAUUCAAAACGUUUCCAUCCCCGCUCCGCGACAACCCCAGACCCCCUCCUCCACCCCGACGGACUGAUACCCGAGUAUCACCGACUCCUUUAAACAAUCCACUUCAAUCUCGCCAAAGUCGGACGGAAUCUCGGACGGAAUCAGCCGCUUCCAACCGACAUGUAGAGUCCUCCACGCCAACCGACGAGCCUCGGGCAUCAAGAAUGGCUCAUCGCAAAGCACCAGAGGCGGAUAUGAUCGAAAAGACCCAACCUCAUGAAUCCACUGAUUCACGCUCGUCAAGGCCUCGUGUGAGAACUGAAUAUUCAUCUCACUCAAUGAGCUCAAUGACGAAGCGAGUUCCUCUCCGUGAAGCAAUGGAUUCCCGGACUGCCGCCUCCUUCUUCCCUGAUCAGCCCAUCAACCGUGAAGAAGCUCUCGCACAGAUCAGAGCACGACGCGGUCGGGCCCGCAGCAAUGUCCGCUCAGUGAGCGCAGCCGAAAUAUCCGGACGUGCCGCAGGCCCAGCUGGGAGUACCGCUACAACUCCAGGUCAAGGUCCACGACGUAUCCCAAACGUCCAGACCCAUUCCUCGAAACCCGAGAAUGACCUCGUUGAGCGUCGGGAUAUGAGUGCGCCAGUCCGUAUGUUCCGACGAUGA